ACAGAAUAUCAAGAGUGGGUCGAGGAAUUCUACGAGUACGAAAUUUGGUGAACCAUCUUCUCAUACGGACAUUUCUUCUAGAAAGAAUUCUUAUACUACGACUUUAAUUGAAUACGACAUAGAUGAAACUUUAGAAAUCAAGGAUGAAAUCAUAAAAAUUCCAGAAACAAUUGCAGGACAGAAUCAUUAUAAAACAUGUGGGCCAAUACUGAGUGCUGCAGAUAUGAGGGACGAUGAUAUUUUGGCUACUAAGUACAAGCCGCGUUCCGCAAAGAAGCAGGAAAUUCAAAAAUUAAAACAGGAAAGUAAAUACACAUGCGAAAAGUGUGCGCGAUGCUACACCCAGGAAGAAAGUUUGACUCGUCACAAAAAACUUGAAUGCAAUGUCGUGCCAUUGUUUAAAUGUGAAUUUUGCGAAAAACUGUUUGAACGGAAAAUUUAUUUGAAUGUCCACGUUGUUCUUGUACAUACUAAACCUCACAUGCAGACAUCGAUAUCGAAGCAUAAUUGCGGCAAAUGUUCUCGAAGUUAUCGUUCGUUAAGUGCCUUGUAUCGACAUUAACGUUCAGAGCACGCAGCAGUCAAACCCGAAUUUAAUUGUGAAUUUUGCGAAUAUAAAUCAAAUAGCAAGAGUCAAUUAUUAGUACAUGUUGCCUCGCGGCACUCACAGGUAUCGAAAGCAAGGUUUAAUUGCGACGAAUGCUCUCGAAGUUAUGUUUUUUAUGUGGUUUAAAAAGACAUAAAAGUGUGGAACAUGCGACCAUUAAAGCCGAAUUUUUAUGCGAUUUGUCUGGAUUAAAAUUGGUUAGCAAAAAUACAUUAAAAAAACAUAUUAUAACGCAUUCAAGGACGCCGUCAAAAAAGAGACAUACUUGCAACAAAUGUUCGCGAAGUUAUAUUUGGCUAAGUGCCUUACGUCGACAUAAACGUUUGGAACACUCAGCAGUCAAACCACAAUUUAUUUGCGAUUUUUGUGGGUAUCAAACAAAUAAGAAAGAACAAGUGUCAAGGCAUAUUACUGCACGCCAUCUAAAAAACCAAUAAACUACGCGCAAUAUUAAUCUUGAGGAAGUUUCUAAUAUCAUUUUUAAAAAAACUCUUUUUUGCGUUACAUGAAAUUCGUUGAAGAUUACGAAAUAGUAAAUUUACUCUCCUUCGAUACUGAUGUAAACUACUUUUCUUAAAUCCGCAAUUUGUUGUUAUUGUUCGUGUAAAUUUGGUAAAAAUAAGUAUGAGAAGGAAUGGACUUUUUAACAGUGUUUUUUCUCGUCUACUAGCCAGUGUUACCACUAAAUCAUCAAAUGAAGAGACUAUUUUAGUAUUUUAUUUUUAAAUGCAUGCAAAAUAUAGUGCAGGAUCCAUUUGUAACAGAAACAGAAUUCUCGAAAUAUAAGUUUGAAUGCAAGAACUAAGUGUAAAGUAAA